UCUCUCUGUCUGUACCUCUCUCCACCCUCAUUUCUCCGGGCUCUUAUCCUUCUAUGGAAUGAGUUCGGGUUUUCUUUUCUCGUGAUUUUAAAUGCAGCGUUGUUUUUAACACCCAUAUCAACCGUGAAAACGUUGAAAUCCUGCUCCGUCUACUAUUGAGAGUGUUGAGUCAGCCAGUAAGGUCUGACAGGGCUUUUUUCUGUGCCAUCUGGAAACGCGGAUUUCUCCAGCCUUUGUCCGGCAGACCACAUUUUCUAACAUCAAUCAGUGUUGUUUAUUCACGGGGAUUUUCUUACAGUACAGACAACAACAUGAGCAAGCGGAAGGCACCUCAAGAAAGCCUAAACGAAGGCAUCACCGACUUUCUGAUAGAGUUAGCCAACUAUGAGAGGAAUGUGAACAGAGCAAUCCACAAAUACAAUGCUUAUAGGAAGGCGGCAUCCGUAAUUUCAAAGUAUCCUUUUAAGAUCAAGAGUGGUGCUGAAGCAAAAAAGUUGGAUGGGGUUGGUGCUAAAAUUGCAGAAAAGAUUGAUGAGUUUCUGGCAACUGGAAAACUAAGGAAGCUUGAGAAUAUCCGCAAAGAUGACACUAGCUCGUCAAUCAAUUUGCUCACAAGAGUGACAGGGAUUGGACCAGCUGCUGCACGGAAAUUUGUGGAAGAAGGAGUAAAAACCUUAGAUGAUUUAAAGAAAGUUGAACAUAAAUUAAACCACCAUCAGAAGAUUGGCUUGAAGUACUUUGAGGAUUUUGAAAAGAGAAUCCCUAGAGAAGAGAUGGUUAAAAUGCAGAAGCUAAUUUUGUCUGAACUUGAGAAACUGGGUCCUGAGUAUAUUGGAACAAUAUGUGGCAGUUUCAGAAGAGGUGCAGAAUCGAGUGGAGAUAUUGAUAUUCUUUUAACUCAUCCUGAUUUCACUUCAGAAUCACCCAAAAUGCCAAAGUUACUUCAUGCAGUGGUGGAAAGCCUGGAGGAAAUUGGCUUUAUAACAGAUACACUGUCCAAGGGGGACACGAAGUUCAUGGGUGUAUGCCAGUUGGAUUCUGAAUGUUCCAGCUUUGAAUUUUACCAUCGCAGGAUUGAUAUCAGGUUGAUUCCCAAAGACCAAUAUUACUGUGGGGUUCUCUACUUCACCGGCAGUGACAUCUUCAAUAAGAACAUGCGAGCACGUGCGCUAGACAUGGGCUUUACCUUGAAUGAGUAUUCUAUCCGACCCCUUGGAGUAACAGGUGUCCCUGGUGAGCCUUUACCAGUGGACAGCGAGAAAGAUAUCUUUGACUACAUCGAGUGGAAAUAUCGAGAGCCCAAAGACCGCAGCGAGUGACAACUGAUGAACAGCAAACUUUUUGUGUGUGAAAGUGUGUUUGUGUUUUUAAUGAGCAUAACUUAAAAGCUUCUUUUUUUUAAAAAAAAAAAAAAAGGCCUGGCUUUUGUACAAAAGGUUUUUAGAGACUUCUGUAUUUUUUUUUCUUUUUAAUUUAUAAUGACCAGGACUUCUUCCUAUACCUCCUUUUAAGUAAAGUGUUAAUUUAUAAUAUAUGCAGACAGCAACAAACUAGAAAUAUGUAACCUCUGUAUGAGAGAGCAGUCACCAUGAAUCAUGUUAUCUAGUGACUAGAGAUCAUGGAGAGGGUACCCUGGUCUAAGGGAAUGAAUGAAUUGCUGAAAACUGGAGGCAGUCUGACAUCAUGGGUUUACAACUUUACUUGAUAUAUGGCAUCAUUUGGAUGAACACAGCUACUUUUACAUUGUAAGUGUGAAGUGUGUAGAAAAUGUAUAAAAUACAAAAAAUAAAUACAGAUCAAAUUUUA